AUGCGCCUUACCUGCGGUAAGGCGCAUUGUUGCUUCCUUGUUCCCGUGGCUACGUUCGUCGUGAUCAGCAUUGACUUCAGUAGCGCGGACGAUGCCGCCUUGGCCAAUAUUCUUGUUUCUGAGCCUGACCCAAAACGUCUCGACUCCGGGAAGAAGAACGGCCAUAUAAAGAGAAGUCAUAACCAGAUCAAAGAGGGAAACGAAGAGAGGAUUGCUGCUGUGCUAGCUGCGCACGUGGCUGCUCGCAAUGGCAGAUUCAGAAGACAGGCUUCGGAAGCAAUCGAGAAAGUUGUGGAGCGGGACCCUUUGACACGGAACGAGUUUAUUGCGGCUCUAGUUGCGUCAGGCGUGGGGGCAGCCGCAUUGGGUGGCAUUUUGAAAGGAGCUGCGUGA